ACUCCAACACACACGCACCACACACGCCUCUCCCAAGGGCCAGCCAAAGUCGUUUCCUGCGUCUACCUUACUCAUCCUUCCCACUCCCGCUUUACAUGUGCGGUUUCAAAUGGUGGACUCAGUGAAUUCCCAAAUCGAUGGCAGCAUCGUUGUCGCCAAAUCCUUAGCUCGCUUCGGCGUCGCUCACAUGUUCGGCGUGGUGGGAGUUCCAGUUACUCAUCUCGCGAACCGCGCCGUCGCCCUUGGCAUCCGUUUCAUCGCUUUCCACAACGAGCAGUCCGCGGGUUACGCCGCCUCCAUCUACGGAUACCUCACAGGAAGACCCGGCCUGCUCUUGACGGUUUCCGGUCCGGGUUGUGUCCAUGGGUUGGCCGGCCUUUCGAAUGCUAUGGUGAACACGUGGCCCAUGGUCAUGAUCUCGGGUUCGUGCGAUCAGAAAGACUUUGGCCGCGGCGAUUUUCAAGAACUCGAUCAAAUUGAAGCUGUGAAACCCUUUUCGAAAUUCUCUGUGAAAGCGAAAGAUAUAAAGGAUAUACCUCAUUGCGUUGCUCAGGUUCUUGAUCGGGCUGUGUCGGGUAGGCCCGGUGGGUGUUUUCUGGAUCUACCAACGAAUGUAUUACAUCAGACUAUAUCAGAAUCUGAAGUGGAGGAGUUACUUAAAUCUGCUGAAAGUCAUAAAUCAGAGGUAUCGAUUGGGCAUACUCCAAAAAGUUCUCAGAUUAAGCAAGCUGUUUCUCUUCUAAGAGGGGCAAGGAAACCAUUGAUUGUGUUUGGGAAAGGCGCAGCUUAUGCGCGAGCCGAGGGUGAAUUGAAGAAGUUUGUUGAGAGUACUGGGAUUCCAUUUUUGCCCACACCCAUGGGUAAAGGGUUGUUGCCUGAUACGCAUGAGCUUGCUGCGAGCGCAGCGAGGUCGUUAGCCAUUGGUCAAUGUGACGUUGCACUGGUUGUUGGUGCUAGGCUUAAUUGGUUGUUGCAUUUCGGAGAGCCGCCCAAAUGGUCCAAGGAUGUGAAGUUCAUUUUGGUUGAUAUAACUGAGGAGGAAAUACAAUUAAGAAAACCAUUUCUGGGAUUGGUGGGAGAUGCGAAAAAGGUGCUAGAAUUGAUUAAUAAGGAGAUAAAAGAUGAUCCUUUUUGUUUGGGGAAGAAUCACCUAUGGGUUGAGGCCAUUUCAAAGAAAGUAAAGGACAACGUGUCUAGAAUGGAGGCUCAGUUGGCGAAGGAUGUUGUACCGUUUAAUUUCCUCACACCUCUGAGGAUUAUCAGGGAUGCAAUUUUGGCUGCGGGGAGCCCUGCGCCUGUAUUGGUUUCUGAAGGGGCCAAUACCAUGGAUGUGGGUCGAGCUGUUUUGGUUCAAACAGAGCCGAGGACUAGGCUGGAUGCAGGGACUUGGGGGACAAUGGGGGUUGGCUUAGGAUAUUGCAUUGCAGCUGCAGUGGCUUCACCUGAUCGACUUGUUGUUGCUGUUGAAGGUGACUCUGGAUUCACGUUCAGUGCGAUUGAAGUUGAGACAUUGGUUCGGUAUCAGUUGCCAGUGAUUGUGAUAGUUUUUAAUAAUGGAGGUGUUUAUGGUGGUGACCGGAGGAACCCUGAAGAAAUUACAGGGCCUCACAAAGAUGAUCCAGCACCAACUUCUUUUGUCCCAGGUGCUGCUUAUCAUACUCUAAUGGGAGCUUUUGGGGGCAAAGGUUAUCUAGUUGGGACGCCUGAUGAACUCAAGUCUGCCCUUACAGAAUCAUUUGCUGCACGAAAACCAGCUGUGAUAAAUGUUAUUAUUGAUCCUUUUGCUGGUGCAGAGAGUGGAAGAAUGCAACACAAAAAUUAGGGCCGUUGGCAGGGCUGGAUUCGAGCCGACGGCCCGGUUUAUUUAUGGCCGGCUCGAGUUCGGCUCGACUCAUUUUUCAUAUCAAAACGAUAUCGUUUUGUAUAUAUAUGGAUCAAAACGACGUCGUUUUGUAUAAAAAAUUUAAAAAAAAAAAUCUACCAAGCCAAUCCGAGCCAGUUCGAGCUCGGCUUGAGCUCGAUCGAGCCGAGUAGAGCCCGACUCGUUUCAGGCUCGAACCGAGCCGAGUCGAGCUCGAGCUGGCUCGGCUCGAGUCCAGCCCUAGCCGUUGGUUCUGAGGAUUUAAAAAUUAUCUUGACAAUUAUCUACUGACAAAGAAAUGUAAGUAAUAAACGAUUACGGUACUCUUCUAUUACCAA